UUAAACAGGCGGGGAAGCAGGUAUACGUACGUAUUCACACUGUACUCCUCGCAUGUAAUGUAGUCUGUACUGUGGACGAACAUUGUGAGCUGUUGCCUGGGCUUGGAAAAAGUAUUUAAACGCUGCAAGAGGACGAAGGGAAUCAUUACGGCAUUUGAUUUCAUACCAAAACGAGUGCGCCGCAGAACGAAAACGAAACGAAAUUGAAGAAUAGUUUUCUUAAUUUAAUUUAUUCGAAAUCGGUAUAAAUGCUAAAACGUGUGUAUAAAGUAAACAUUCGAUUGAGGCUAAUUAGGAUAGAAAAUACGAUUGAACUUAAUUUUUUCAACACAAAACAACCCGCGUUAAAUAAAAAUGGCAAGUAUGUGUAUGACACAAACGAGUUAUCGGCAGCUACAACCAGAACACCAGUACCAAUUGUUAAACAACAAUUUUUUGCUGUUACAAAAGGCUCAGCAACUACAAACAAUUCAUUCAAAUGCCUACCAGUCCAAGAAGCAACAAACCAUCGCACCGGCAACCAAAAUAUUGGGUAACAGUAAUCUGCAUAAUAUCCAAGUGGGUCCAGCAGGUGGAGGUGGUGGUAUAUUGGUGCCGCGCAAGAAGUACAACUACAUGAAUGUGCCAUACGGCGAGCAAUUGCCUUCGGUGGCGCGACGCAAUGCGCGCGAACGUAAUCGCGUCAAGCAGGUGAACAACGGCUUUGCCAACUUGCGCCAGCAUUUGCCACAAACAGUCAUCAAUACCUUAUCGCAUGGAGGACGUGGUGCCAGCAAGAAACUCUCCAAAGUGGAUACGCUACGCAUUGCGGUGGAGUACAUACGCGGUCUGCAGGAUAUGCUGGAGGCAUCGCAGCCAGCGGAAAGUAAAUCGCACAUCGCAAAUACUUUGUGCGAUGAGUCCAGCAAUGAUGGCAGCAAUUACGGUUACUCCUCGAUGGGCAGUCCCAGCGACUUAGCCUUCAAUCAACUGCAGCAGAGCUACAACUCCGAGGUUUCCGCUUCGCCUUUGUCCAGCAAUAGCGACGAUUCUGAUAUUUCUAUUGGUGGCACCAACUAUUUGCAAACAGUGAAGCUUGAGCAUCAACAAUCAGCAAAGGAGGAUAGUCAAGUGAUGCAGUUUGAUAAUAUCGCGCAUUUUUUAACUGAAGAUCAGUCCUUUGGUGAUGACGAUUCACUGCUGGAAUGUAUCUCUUCGUGGCAGGAGCAUUGAGUAUAAACUGAAACUAUCUGUGACUUAAGACAUCACAGCUCAUCAUAGUCUACAUUCGUGUGUGUGUGUGUGAAACAGUUUAUGUUUUGUGAGAUUGUAAAUAUGUAGUGCCUUUUUAUGUUUGUAUAUAUUCUGUGAAAUAUUAGAUUUAAGUAUGAAUUGUUUUUUACAUUCUAAGUUAUGGAAGACAUUUGAUUUAAAAUCGUACUUAGUUUAAGUUAAGCGCUAAUUUUAAGCAAUUUAGACGAGGCAAACCACUAUAAAAAAAAACAAGCAAACCAAAUAAAAUACAAUGAAAAAUCAUAAA